AUGUCUCUCCCCUACACCCACGCUGCCGGCCACGGGGAUGCUCUUUCCACAGCCCUCCAUGUCAUAACCACUGAACGUGACGCUCUCACCCACCUCGAGUACCUCUACCGCACCAAUGACCUGGCCGCAAAGAAUCUUUCGCGCGCAGUCUCGCAACUCGUUCACACAAUCCACCGGGGCGGGAAGCUGGUGGUCUGUGGAGUAGGCAAGAGCGGCAAGAUUGGCCGCAAGUUAGAGGCGACGAUGAACAGCGUUGGCAUUCACAGUGUUUUUUUGCAUCCUACCGAGGCGCUGCAUGGCGAUUUGGGCGUUAUUCGAUCUAUUGACACACUCCUCCUAAUCUCCUUCUCUGGCCGCACGGCAGAGUUGCUUUUAAUGCUGCCUCAUAUCCCACCCACCGUGCCCCUAAUAGCAAUAACAGCACACACUCACCCUUCUACCUGUCCCCUCCUCUCCUUCAACAGCCCCGACAUGACCAUCCUCCUUCCCGCACCUCUACACAUCGACGAAGAAGCCUCCUUCGGCCUAUCAGCACCCACAAGCUCGACGACCGUCGCACUCGCGCUCGGUGACGCGCUGGCUCUCGCAACAGCUCAAAGGCUGCAUAACUCGCCAGGCCUGGGUCCUGCAGAGGUGUUCAAGGGGUAUCAUCCCGGCGGCGCCAUAGGAGCCGCAGCCGCGACUGCGGCGGCCAUCAAUUCGGCGAUUUCGACCCCAUCGACGUCGAUGACCACGUCGCCCAGCCUUGUAUCACUAGAAGACGCGGGUAUGAAGCUUUCUCUCGACGAUACUACCAGCAGCAGCGGCAAAGCCGAUGACGGCGAUGGCGGUGAUGGUGGGUCGAUCUGCACAUCCGACCAUUUCGUGGCUGCAGACUGCAUCCCCACCGUUACACCAAGUCGGCAUCCAUCAGCCAAUCCCACCUCAAACGACAACGAAGAAAUCCGCAUCCUCGACAUCCUUCUAUCCGCAAUACAAAACCCGUCCUCAAAAUCAUGGGUGAAACUAUCACCGACACAAAUCAUUCCGCCGCGCUUACUCCGCUCGUGUACCAGCACACACAAAGUCGACUCCUUGGUAACCGAUCUGCAGUCUCAAGGGUCAUGCGUAUCGAUCGACGCUAGCAAAUGGAUGAGUAUCCGCGCUUCGACCAGCAUCUCGCACACAAAAGAGGUGUUGGAGGAGACGAUGGGGAUAAGUGAUAUGAUGCUCUCAUCCCCCUCUCCUCAACACGACAAGAACAGUAGCAAUGACGAGAAUGGAGAAAAGAAGCAUUUAGUCAUCAGCGUCGUGGAUGAUGCCGAUCCAACACGUAUACUAGGCUUCGUCGCGGGUGAAGAUAUCCAUCCUUCCCUCUUCUCUCCCUCUAUCUUUCCCGACUCGAAUCCCGAGAAAACGACAUGA